UUGUUCUAAUUUUUCAGGCUUGAAAUAUUGGUCGAAAUCAGGCCAACCUGUGAAAAAUGGUUGCUAUGUUAUGUUUUGAUGUCAGUCGCAACUUCGAAGUUUAAAGCCACGUUAAUGGUCGAAGAGUUCUCCAAUAACGUCGCGUUCAAGUUCUUAAAUUACGAUGGAACUCAGUCAUAGUUUGACACUGAAUGAACAUGCUUUGGCUAAGCUACCUGAUCCACAAAAGCCGGUUUUUGUUGUUGAAUGGUUGACGUAUCUGAGCAAAGUUCUCGUCGCUGCUCAGAAGUCGGAUAUCAAAGAAUGCCAGGAGCUGUUGUACUCUCAGUUGAUGAAACAAAUUCACGAAUGUCCUGGUCCACCAAUGAGAAAGCUGAUCGCUCGAUGCUUGGCAACGCUUUUCACUGUGGGUGAUACGUACAAAUUAUUCGAAUGCAUCAAUAAGUUGAAUGACGUUCUCCGAUCGAAGGAUGAUUCACCCAGCUUCCUUCCAACAAAAUUGGCAGCUGGGGCCUGCUUAGGGAUGAUGUUUGAAAAACUUGGACGUCUUAUGGGCCGGUCGUAUGAAGAAACUGUUCAGAUCCUUGUACGAUGUCUGAAGAAUGCCGAGUCAUUGUAUCGUAUCACAAUCAUGUCGACUUUGGAAAAGUUGUGCAUCGGUAUGGGCAGUGCUGCUGGGCCUUUCCAGAAGGACAUAUACAAAGCAGCGAAAAGUUGCCUGACCGAUCGGUCAAUGCCAGUUAGACGUGCAGCCGCUAAGUGCCUGAUCCAAAUGAUUCCUCACGCUCCAUUCCUGCACACAACGGAGCUGGAGAGCACAUGUUCUCUGUGUUUUCGCGCUAUGGAUGGUUCUAAUUACCAGGUUCGAUGCGCCUUGGCGUCACUGGUAGGAUCUCUGUUGGCUGUGACACAACAACCACCAAAAUUGCCUAACCAUAUGCCCACGAAAGCCGAGAAACCAAAGAUGUGCACAUUAAACGAAGCUAUGAAUAUACUAGCGAAUGGUUUUCAGCGUACAAACGUCAGUAGCGUUGGUGUGAUUAAACCGGGAAAUUCGUCGCUCCCGUCGCGAGAAGUGCGUGUGGGUGUUUCUCAUGCCUACGUUUCCUUUGUCAAUGCCUUGGGUACCCCUUGGCUUGAACGAAAUCUUGCAAUAUUCUUGAACCACGUGUUUGAGCUCGUGUGCUGCGGGAAGAGCCUUGGAUCAACUCAUGUUGAAGCUGUGUACGCGAGGAAAUGUGUCGGUUUCAUCUUGCAUUCCACGAUUGGAAAAAUGUUGGGAGAAAAGGCUCAGCGUGGAGCCUGCAAGGAACUGAUUUUGGUGAUGAAGAAGCACAUGCAAAGUGUGUCCAAGGAAAAAGAUGAGGCUGCGAGUGGCAUCACAAAUCCGCAUGUCCAAGUGUGCGCAUUGCUUGAACUGGGCACCUUGAUAGCAAGUUUAGGAACAUGUGCAAACACCUUGCUGUCAGAUGCAAGCUUAGAUUUGUUGGAGUUGAUCAACACGCUGAUAAUCAGUACAACUCCUGCUGCUGCUGUGCGUUAUGCGAGCGCGUGGUGCCUGUGCUGCAUUGGGAAAGCAGUCCCUUCACAGUUGAUAAUUUUGAUAGAUUCUUGCGUGGAGAAACUCGAAAAGGUUGGAUCAAGUUCUCCCGAGGCCGUGUCAGGAUUUGCCUGUGGAAUUUCUGCGUUAGUCUCUGCCUCCCAGAGUACGCCUCUCGGAAUACCGCAUACUCGAGGGAAACUCCUUUUCAAUGUUGCGGAAGAACUUCUGCGCAGUGCAAACCAGAAUCCACGCUUGUCAUUGCCAAGGACGCAUGGAGGUUGGCUGUUGAUAGGGUCGAUCAUGACACUCGGGUUACCGGUGGUGAAGAGUCUUCUACCUAGGAUGAUGCUUCUAUGGCGAAAUUCUUUCCCGCGAUCUGUGAAGGAGUUGGAUUCGGAGAAGGCUCGUGGUGAUGCGUUUACAUGGCAAGUGACGCUGGAAGGUCGAUCAGGAGCGUUAUCGGCGAUGCAUUCAUUUGUUCUUCAUUGUCCGCAACUUGCUGCUGAGGCUGACACCACACGUCGGAUUCUUGUGCCUAUCGAAAGCGCCUUGGGGAUGCUAACAAACAUUCAAAAUGUAGUCAAGUCGUACAGUCAGCACCUAAAAGCCUCAGCUGCGAUGGUGCGGCUUCGACUGAAUCAGGUGCUGUCUCUGCUACCGCCGCGUUGUUUUGAGGCAUCCUUCACUCAUUUACUCCGGUUGCUGGUAUCGGAAUUCACAUUGAGCGAAAAUCCUGCGAACACCACAACGUCUUUACUCCGUCCCUUAUGUCACGCGACGAAUCCCAUUAUCCUGGGCUCCUGGCUGCAAGAUAUGGAUCAUCGGCACGUGGAGGAUCAGCUCCAGUCAAAUAGUGCCUCUGGAUCAAGUGCAAUAGAACACGAUCCAUCCUGUUUAUUCAUGCCCUUACCGGACGGAGAAAGCACGCCUGGAGCUUUGCCUCUCGGAGUUAGUGUCGUGGAUUCUGCCGUUGAAUUAUUCGGGCAUGUUUUCCCGCAUUGCUCCCCGAAACACAAGGGCCAGCUCAUGGAUCACUUUUUGGAGUGCUUGAAGCAAGCGAAAGCGCAGCGUCAAGAAGCAAUAACGAUAAACAUCUUCGCUGGUUUAUUGCUUGCGCUGAAGAACCUCGCGGAUAGUAAAACCCCGUUGCCGAAUGAGGAUGUUUGCAAAGGCAUCGUUGCACUGAUCAGAAAUACUUUGACGCACGGCAAUACUCUGAUCCGAUGUGCUGCCGGAGAGGCCUUAGGUAGACUUGCUCAAGUGAUUGGAGAUGCGAAGUUCGUUGCGGAGAUGGCACAAGAAAGUUUUGAGAAGCUGCGAUGUGCGAGGGACGUGGCGUCUCGCACGGGUCACUCGUUGGCGUUGGGUGCAUUACAUCAUUAUGUUGGAGGAAUGGGAUCAAGUCAGCAUCUUAAUACGAGUGUCAGCAUUCUGCUCGCUUUGGCGAAUGAUAUCACUUCCCCCGUGGUCCAGGUGUGGGCGUUACAUGCGUUGUCGUUGAUUGCUGAUUCUGGCGGUCCGAUGUUCCGUGGAUUUGUUGAGCCGACUCUUUCUUCUUGCCUGAAGUUACUUCUUAGUGUUUCUCCCGCUCAUGUUGAUGUUCACCAUUGCAUCGGGAAGGUACUCUCCGGCUUGAUCACCACUAUUGGGCCAGAGCUGCAAGGAGAUACAAGUUCUCUGAAUGCAGUUCGAUGGUCGUUUCUAUGUGCUUGUGCGGUUAUGCAAGAAAGUGAAGAUGCAUUGGUUGAAGCCGAAGCCACCAGCUGCCUCCAGCAAUUACAUAUGUUCGCUCCUCGUUAUGUUAAUUUGACCUCUUUGGUGCCGAGUCUUUGUUGGAACUUGACGAGUAAACACCUGCUGUUGCGAAAAGCUGCCGUAUCAUGUUUGCGACAGCUUGCUCAGCGCGAAGCAAAGGAAGUUUGCGCGUAUGCCGCGGUACUGAGUAAUCAAGAUCGGGAGAACAGCGAA